UGUAUGUGUUAUUAUUCCAUUCCUUUGUCAAAGCUGUGUCGGCUGUGUCUAGCGCCGCUCCGAGCAUCUGAAUGCUCCUAAUCAUGAAUUGCCCUGUUUUGUUACAUUAUUUGUAACACCGGCGCCCCCGUUCUAGCUUGCCACUUCUACAAUCAUCCACUCAGGAACGGUAGGUUGCAGUGGUGCCCUCCGAGAAAGGAUGUCUGCGGAAUCGGACGCCGACUCGAUUCACCCGCACUGCCUCAACUGCAUUAGCAUCGUCAAGUGCAACGCCCGCUCCGAGCAGCGGAAGAGCUGCCAAAUCGUCGCGUGCAAGUUGGAUUGUGGGGCGAGUUUCCACUCCUGCAAGUGCCAAGAGCAUCAACUGCUGUGUCCAAACGUCAAGGUGCCAUGCUCGAAUGCAGUCAAUGGGUGUCCAGCCUCGCUUCUGCGCAGUCAGCUCGGAAGCCAUCUUCAGCACUGCCCCGCCAGCAUCCUGUCAUGCACGGUCGAGUGGAACCGCUGGAUCCUGGACACCGGCAACGGAGCAAGGACAGCGUGCAGUCAGCACACGGGCAGACUUCAGCUGGAUCUCGCGCUUGCCAUGCGUGAUCUACGCUCUCUACGCCAGAGCAACGGCGGCACGUGCAAGACGGCGGAGGGAGUCGCGUGCCGAGACUCCGCUCUGCAGAACGGACAGGCCGCGCCACAACUCAGGAACUGCGAUGGCGUGGACAAGUCUUGCGAGAGUGCGCCGGAUGCGAUGAACGUGGACGAAUGCAGUGUGAACAGUGGGGGCAAUUGUGGCGUGGGCGACUACCGGCUGCUCACCGCUUCCGGCACGUGCUACCUCUCCAAGCCUCUGGCGACCCCGGAGGUGGAGCUUCAUCUUGAAUUCCUCACCCGGUACCAGACGAAGCCCGAGAGCCUGCACACUUUUCCUUGUGCUCAGGGUUUCCGGCGCGACGAAUAUGCCUGGCACUACCAGAACGUCCACCGGGACAUCCACGGCGGCCUGAACGGCUGGCUGGAGCAGCGCUGCCCCCUGGCACAGUACGGCUGCGGCUUCUCGAGACGACGCUUCGUCCCCGCGCCGCGGGGAACGGAGAUCGUGCACAGCGAGCUCCUCGAGAGCUUCGGCGUCACUUUUACUGCCCAGCACCGAAGAUCUCGGUCCCCAGAAAACCGACAAGGUGCUGCAGAAUCGUCUAGGUCCUUGGUCCGCUCUUCUCAGGGGCCUCCCAUGUGCAACGGUCACAAUGAACCUCGCCGUGUCCCCAGGCGGGGUAGGGAGCUGGAAUUUACGGACUUCCCUUACGAGGUCCUGCAGCACAUAGCCCAGUUCCUGGACGGCUUCAGCCUCAACAACUUCUCGCUGGUGUCACAGCGGUGUAGGGACGUGUCCUGCAGCCUGCUCAAGAGCAGGGGCAUGGUGGUGCUCAAGUGGGAGCGGCAGGCCGCAGGCUGGAGGGUCGGCUCCAAGCGGUGGUUCUUCAGCAACGCCUUCACGCCCAUCAGCAAGUGGUACUUUUCGGAAGAGGACAACAUGUCGAACCACCUCAAAGACUGCCCCUUCUUCAAGAGGAACAUCAAAACAAGGCCUCAUACUUACUGCUUCACUCUCCACAACGGGAUGCCCUCGUCCAAUCGCAAGCGGAAGGAACUACUGCAGAUCUCGUUCUAGACGAACAAACUGUUGACCACAACUACCCGGUGUCCACAUUGGUGUGGCAUGCACGUUGAUCUGGUGUCCACAUUGAUCUGGUAUGUGUGCUGAACCAGUGUCUGCAUUGAUCUGGUGUGCCCGUUGACCCGGUGUACAGAUUGAUCCGGCGUGCACAUCGACCCGGUGUGCAGAUGAUCCGGCGUGCACGUUGUCUGGUGCCCACAUUGAUCCGGUGAGAAAGUGAGCAACUGUUGUGCUACUAACAGGACUAACUUUUUUUGCAUCUUUUGCGUGCAAUAUUUAUGGCUUUUAUGAUAUGUAAGACUGGGAACUGCGUUCUCUAUGCAUGUGAUAUAUGUGGGUGUUUGGCAUUGCAAGAGAAUUUUCUUUUCUUCAAAGUGAAAUUAAACUGCAUCUUUUUAGACUGG